ACUUCGGCCAGCACGGUAUUGACGGGCACCACUGACUUCACCGCAUCAUCGAAGACACUGUGCCUGGCUGUCAUCGCAUAAAAGCCACUGCACCACCGCGCACCAAGUGUAUAGCAUCCGAUAAGUUCCCCAACAGAUUGCACGACUCUAGGAUCAAGACUACAAUUACACACUCGUAUCAUACCACAAUCAAAAUGCCUUCCCUUACUAGCAUCCUCGCCCUCGGUGCGCUCACUACCCUCGCCGCGGCCGACAACAUUUACACAUACACCAAGCCUGGCUGCACUGGUCCUGCCUUCUUCUUCAAAGACAUCGACCAUAACGUCUGCGCCGUGUCUAUCACCGGCAAUGCUACCUCCACGGCCGAUGCGAUUGCAAAGGGUCUGACGACCGUUGCAUCCGGCAAGCUUGAAGUCCAAGAGACGGGCAAGAAGCACUUCCUAGCUUGGGACGAAGGCCCAGCCUCGAACGCAGAUGGUCCCCUCCAAUGCGGCACUAUCUCAAAGAACAUUGCUGUCAAGGAGCGCGAGACCUGCAUCUCCGGUUCUAUCCAUGGAUUCUCUUGGACUGAGCCUGGUGCAGAUGGCAAUGACUCGAACGACUUUGAUAUGGAUGAUGAUGAUGCGGAUGAUGUUGACGACAAGGUCAAGCGUCAAGCCAACGACGACCCCAUCUGGACAUGCACUGGUUCCACCGACCCUGAUGCUGUACACAUUGGCGGCAAGUACUACAAUGUUGAUGAUAUUCCAGCAGCAGAUAAAGAGGCGUUGAUGGAGUGCGCGUGGAAUGAUGUCACUCCGGGUGCGGAGUUUGACAAGUACAUCUUUACACCUGACUUCUAGAUAGAAAGGAAACGAGCGGAAAGGCUUCAAGAGAGCUCUAUCUUCGAGCGUGGAUGACGCAUAGUCGUAUCGUGUUCAUUGCUCCUGUAGCAAGUAUUAAUAUACGUCUGACACUUUUAUAU